AUGAAAGUAUGGCCGUUAGUUUUUUUAUUCAUGUUAGAUGCGAGCCUUUAUCAACCGGUAGAAAGUCAUGGACGUUUAAUAGAACCACCAUCAAGAGCGACAAUGUGGAGAUAUGGUUUUAAUACCCCUCCGAAUUACAACGACCAUGAACUUUAUUGCGGAGGGUAUACAAGGCAAUGGCAAAGCAAUGGUGGAAAAUGUGGUAUAUGUGGAGACGCGUGGGAUUUACCAAAGCCGAGACCACAUGAAGCUGGAGGAAAAUAUGGAAAUGGAAUAAUUGUGAGAAAAUAUAAAAUGGGUUCGAAAAUAAACAUUCGUGUGGAAUUGACGGCGAAUCACAAAGGAUAUUUCGAAUUUCGAUUGUGUCCGAACAAUGCUCCACACAAGGUAGGAACCCAAGAAUGUUUAGAUUUAAACGUUUUGAAAUUAGCUAAAAAAAAUAACGGAGCCACUUACGGAGAUGAACCUGUCAUGGUUCACGAGACCAGGUACUACCCACCGGCCGGAAGUAAAGUUUUCGAAAUGAAAUAUGACCUUCCGGAUAAUUUAACGUGUUCUCAAUGCAUUUUACAAUGGAAGUACAUAGCCGGAAAUAAUUGGGGUAUGUGCACAAACGGUACGGGUCAAGUCGGUUGCGGUCCCCAAGAAGAAUUUAGAGCGUGUGCAGAUGUUGCGAUAAUCGAUAGUUCCGGAGAAGCAGACGAAACUCCAUACAUUCCAAACGAAAUCGACGAUACGGAAGUCUCGACGGAAACGGAUACGGGAGAAAAACCGGAAGGAGAAGAUUAUUCCGGAUGGUGGUUUUUACUCAUCGUCAUCAUCGUGGCGACACUUUUCCUCGUACUCGUUACAUUUUUAUUUGUUUACUUUUAUUUUUACAAAAAGGAAAAGGUUAAAGAAUGGUGGGAACAAAAACAAUUGCCCGUUUUUCAUAGCACGCCUAAAAAAUCGCAAUUUUGGAAAAAUUUCAAAGAAGGAAAUAAUCGUUUGGCUUUUUGGAAAACAAACGAUGACGACGAUCCGAAAAAGGUAAAUGAAAAACCUAAAAAUUACGUCAUACCUCAACCCGUACCACCCCCCAGAACGAAACGAAAUAAUAACAAAUCGACCGAAGAACAACCGGAAACGUAA